AUUUGUUCCUCCCCGGUUCAUUUUAGGCAGCGAACCAACCGGAAGAGUUCGUUUUUUCGUGUUGUGCCGAAGAGUGAACGGUCCUCGGUGAUAUUCACAGCUUCUGUCUGCCUCUUGACCUCUUUACAUUUUAUCCUCCGGAACUCUCAUCUCAUCCAGAAUGACGGACCGAUACAACAUCCACAGUCAGCUGGAGCAUCUUCAGUCCAAGUACAUCGGUACAGGACACGCUGACACCAGCAAAUGGGAAUGGCUGGUGAACCAGCACCGUGACUCUUACUGCUCCUACAUGGGACACUUCGACUUGCUCAACUACUUCUCUGUCUCUGAGAAUGAGAGCAAAGCUCGUGUUCGCUUCAACCUGAUGGAGAAGAUGCUUCAGCCGUGCGGACCGCCGGCAGACAAACCUGAUGACGCCUGAUGAUGAACAGGAAUGAGCUGUAGAUGUUUUUUUUUUCUUUCUUUCUGGAUAUUUUCUGUUAAAGAUUCUUGACCAUAAAAGUAGAACUACAACAUCCUUCCGUGAUUUAGCCAACAUUAACUGAACCAGAUCUUUAUAUUAUUUGCAUGUGGAGCUUUCAGGACAACUGCCAACAAGGAAGAGACAACUGAGGGCUUCACAACCUCAACAUUCACCAGAAAAGAUGAUAGAGAACAUGUACAGUGGUGCACCGUCACCUGUCGAGUAUUUGUAUGAAGUGAUGAAAAUGUAUUCUUGAUAGAAAGUUCUGUUUUGAUUCAAUUAAAAUUUGUCUUUUUCCAUUCUGA